CAUAAGUUGAAAAUUUGAAUAUAACAAAGUCUUGUCAACGAUCCAAAUACAAUGCAGCAGUAACCCGAAAGAAAGAAAAAAAAGAAAAUUCAAAACAAAAAUUCCUCUGUUUCUCUUGCGUCUUCACGAGCUUCAAAAACAAAAACAAAAAAUUGUCGAAGAUAGAACAAUUCUGGGGUUUAAUUACUUGUGGAUCAAGCCUUCUUCACCAGAGAUAGCCCCAUUUGACUUGAGCUUCACCUGCCGGACUUGGAGUAGAGACACUGAUUCUUCCAUACACGUGGUCCUCUUUGUCUCUUCCCAUAUAGGAAACAGAUGAAUCUGCAAAAUCUCCAUUUUUUUUUUGCUAAUUGUUAAUUAUAUAACUCAUUAGCAGCAUUAUUCUAAUCAAAACUGUUCCUUGUUAAUAAAAAAAAGCUAAUAAAGGAAACUUCUUUUUGUUAACUUUGAGAUUUUGAUUGUUUGAUGUGGUGGAAGAAGAAGAAGAAAGAAAGAAUAAAAGAAGUGUCUACAAUGAGAGGCAUUAGCUUAUAAAUCCAAUCAAUGCAAGUUGGUUUAUGCUAGCUUGAAUGGAAGUGGUAUAUGGUUCCAAGAAAACAGCAAUGGCGAAGCAGCAGCAAUCUGAUACUACAAGACCGCCUCUUGUUCCAGCUGAGAAGAACAAUGCAGUUUCUGUCACGCGCCGUGCUAGAACAAUGGAGGUUAGUUCAAGAUACAGAUCACCGACUCCUACUAAAACUAGGAGAUGUCCUUCGCCUAAUGUCACGAGGACUGUGCCUUCUUCAACCUCUCAAUCUUUAUCGAAAAGAGCUGUUUCAGCGGAAAGGAAACGUAGCCCUUCCACACCGGUUAGUGAUGUAUCUAUAGAUUUACAGGUUUCUUCUAGGAAGCUACCUACUGGUCGUUUACCUGAAAGCUUAUGGCCUUCUACUAUGAGAAGCCUUAGUGUUUCUUUUCAGUCUGAUUCAGUCUCAGUUCCUGUUAGUAAGAAGGAGAAACCGCUUGUUACUUCUUCGAGUGAUCGGACAUUGAGACCGUCUUCUUCGAAUAUAGCUCAUAAGCAGCAGAGUGAGACAACAUCUGUGUUGAGGAAACAUACGCCUGAGAGAAAAAGAAGUCCACUGAGGGGUAAGAAUGUGUCUGCUGGACAGUCAGAGAAUUCAAAACCUGUGGAUGGUUCUCUUAGUAAGAUAAUAGAACAACAUCGAUGGCCUAGUCGAAUUAGUGGGAGGAUUACAUCAUCAAAUCCUAUGAACAGAAGCUUGGAUCUUGACGAUAAAGCUAUCAGGAGAAUGUCAUUGCCUUUGUCUAAUAAAAUCUCUAAACCAUUGCUAAAGUCUUCUAGUGACACAACAAGGUUGUUGUCCUGUUAUGAAAAUGGUGGACAAGAGAUUUUGUCUCCAACAACCUCAGAAGAUAGUAGUAGUUGUGAGUCUCUAAAGCUUUUGUCUGCAAGUUCAUUAGAUAGAACAACCUUAGCUAGGUUGCACCCAUUGUCUGCUCCUGGUUCACGCACUGCUUCACCGAGCAGAUCCUCAUUUUCAUCAUCGUCAUCUAAUUCUCGAGGCUUGAGUCCUUCAAGAGGAGUGAGUCCCUUGAGAGGAUUAAGUCCUUCAAGAGCGGGAAAUUUCUCCUGUGUGAGAUCUUCUACACCUCCACCGAGAGGUGUAAGUCCAUCCCGGAUAAGACAAACCGCACAAUCCAGUAGCAACACAACCUCGGUACUCAGCUUCAUUGCGGAUGUCAAGAAAGGUAAAAAGGCAACUUACAUAGAAGAUGUUCAUCAGCUUCGGUUACUCUAUAAUAGAUAUACGCAGUGGCGGUUUGCAAAUGCUCGAGCUGAGGGAGUAAGCUAUAUUCAAAGCUUAAUUGCUGAGGAAACACUAUACAAUGUCUGGCAUGCAACUUCAGACCUACGAGAUCAUGUGACGAACCAAAGAAUUUACCUCCAACAGCUGAAGCUAGAAAUGAAGCUAGAAUCCAUCUUAAAUGAUCAGAUGGUUUGCCUUGAAGAUUGGGCAACACUUGAGAGAGAACACAUUAGUUCUUUAGCUGGUGCCAUUGGAGAUUUGGAAGCAAAUACUCUCAGGCUUCCACUGGCAGGAGGAACAAAGGCGGACCUUAGAUCUCUAAAGUUGGCUAUGUCCUCAGCUCUUGAUGUUAUGCAGAGUAUGGGAUCAUCCAUCUGGUCUUUACACUCGCAAACAGAGGAGAUGAAUAAGGUUAUUUCCGAUCUUGCUGUUACAGUAGCAAAAGAGAACUUUUUGCUUGACAAAUGUGAAGAUCUCUUGGCAUCAACCGCAGUCAUGGAGAUAGAAGAGAGUAGCCUCAAGACCCAUCUGAUACAAAAGAAGCAAGAAGAAGAAGUAAGAGAUGAUGCAGAGUCUCCAUCAUUGCCAUUAAGCAAGUUUCCAUGGCCGUAACAACAUCACACUUCAAAGAAUGA